AUGCAUCUCGGACUAGAGAACAAAGUAGUGCUGGUCACUGGCGGUACCAAGGGCAUCGGACGAUCAAUAACACGUGGUUUCUUGGACGAAGGCUCAAUCGUUCACUUCUGCUCAAGGACCAAAGCAGAUGUAGAAGCGAGCGAGAAGCAAUUGGCCAAGGACUAUCCUCAAGCAAAGGCUUACGGCAGCACGGUUGACGUUGCAGAUCAGACGCAGCUAGAAAACUGGGUAACGUCUUGCGCAGAGCAGAACGGCAGACUUGAUGUUGUCGUGGCCAACGUGUCUGCCCUGGCUAUCGAAGAUACGGCGGAAAGCUGGAGGAAGGCCUUCGAGACUGAUCUGCUCGGCCUCCACGUUCUGACCCAGGCCGCAAUCCCGCACCUGGAGAAGACCGGAGGCAACAUUGUGACCAUUUCAUCAGUUUCAGGCCGCGACAUCGAUUUCACGACACCCAGCCCCUAUGGACCAGCCAAGGCCGCCGUCAUCCACUACACUGCUUCACUCGCACGUAAGCUGGCUCCGAAGGGCGUGAGAGCAAACACCUGUUCGCCUGGAAAUAUCUACAUCAAUGAUGGAGUCUGGGGCAACGUAGAAAAGAACAUGCCAGAGUUGUUCAAGAGCCAGAUGGAUAAGAAUCCCAUGGGGCGCAUGGGAAAAGCUGAGGAAAUUUCGGACGUCGUGUGCUUCCUUGCUUCGGAAAGAGCAUCGUUUGUGUCGGGCACAAACGUCUGCGCGGACGGUGCUCUGUGUCAGGGGGUUCAGUUCUAA